AUGGUAAGUAACGAACAAAAUAUCAAUUGUUUAUUACUAACAAUUUCCAGUCACAAUCAUUAAAACCGUAUUUAACUGCCGUAAGAUCAUCAUUAACUGCUGCUAUAUGUUUACAAGAUUUUUCAUCACAAUUAGUCGAAAGACAUAAUCGUCCAGAAAUUGAAGUUUCAAAUACUCACAACCCCGAAUUAAUAUUAAAUCCCAUGAUUAUAUCAAGAAAUGAAAAUGAAUCUAUUCUUAUUGAAACUUCAAUAAAUUCAAUUCGUAUAAGUAUAAAAAUUAAACAAGCUGAUGAAAUUGAACAAAUUUUAGUUCAUAAAUUUACAAGAUUUUUAACUUCAAGAGCUGAAAAUUUCUUUAUAUUAAGAAGAGUUCCUAUAAAAGGUUAUGAUAUAUCUUUUUUAAUUACUAAUUUUCAUACUGAACAAAUGUUGAAGGAUAAAUUGGUUGAUUUUAUAAUUGAAUUUAUGGAAGAUGUAGAUAAAGAAAUUAGUGAGAUGAAAUUAUUUUUAAAUGCAAGAGCAAGAGUUAUAGCUGAAAGUUUUUUAAUUCCAUUUGACUAG